UUUUUUUUUAAUUUUUGUUAGAAAAAGACAUUUUUCAAAAAAAAUGUAAGAAAUUGUUAGUAGUUGAUGAGAAAACCAUCCGGAAGUUUAAGAAUCGACAAUGUCAACUCACGUGGAAUCAAAUUCUCAUUCCGUCGCUUCAAACCAGGUCAAUUCUCACAGCAAGAGGCCAGUAAUAUUAAUAUAUCCCACAGUAUCGCCCGAGACGGUAGUUAUCCCCAUCAUCUCAUGCAUCUUCGGGUUUCCCCUACUAGCACUUUUGGUCAUCUGCUGUCUGAGGAGGAGAGCGAAACUAGCCAGGGAGCAGGCUCGCAGGAGGGCAGGAGACUUUGAACACGGUACUUUCUCUAUAGUCAGGUUCAGCUCUUUACACUACAUAGGACGAUCUAGGGCAAUCAGUUUAAGGUCAGAAAGGGCUAUGAGUAGGGGAUUCCCCUCCUUAGAGCUGGACACGGUGAUCGAAGCAUCUGAACCGGAAGUGGAACAAACGGUUGUUGAAAUGAUGACACCGGACAAAGAGAACGAAAACGAAGAUGAAAACAGAUAGCAUAUAAUAAAAAGGGAUGCCUGUUCCGAAAGAUCGCCGUUAUGGAGCACCCUAACUCACGUUCAUUCCUUUAGUGUAGACGUGGAAAGCUGACAAGACUCGACCGAUCAGAGCGAUUCUGAUCCCGUCAUACCUCAGAUCAUUCCUCUGCCUUUUAUUAAAGGUUACUAGCAUCAACCCUCUGCUGUAAAUCGAAAUAACUCUACAGAUAAUGUUGAUUUAUAACAAACAUUUUGUUAAACGGCCUCUACACUACCCGCGAAGUAAGCCAAAGUAGGUCAAAGGUGAAUAGUGAAGAGAGUUAUUUCGUGUUUCCUCGUCUAAAAGCCGAUUCUGAUGACUCGUGUACUUGGCAAGUACGCGCAUAUUUUCGUACUUGGCAAGUAUACUAUCUUGGUAAAUAACAUUUUUAAAGUUUGGCGCUCAUGCGACGCCACGAGUGACAAAUAAUUGCACAAGUAAACCGCUCUCACAACAUGGCAAGUAUAUGCCAAUAACAAAUGUUUCUACAAGUACACGAGUCAUGAGAGUCCGCCUUAAUGAAAAUAAGCCGAGACAAGACAAAGUUCAGGCGGAUUCUGACGACUCGUGUACUUGACAAGUACGCCAGUGUUUGCGUACUUGGCAAGUUUGGCGCCCACGCGACGCAGCGAUUGACGAAUAAUUGCACAAGCCUAUAUGCCAAUAACAAAUAUUUGUACAAGUACACGAGUCGUGAGAGUCCUCCUUUAGACGAGGAAACACGCAAUACCCUCCUUCACUAUUCAACCUUGAGCUACUUCGGCUUACUUCGCGACUAGAGUAGAGGCCGUUUUGUAAUUUACGCUUUUAAGAGUCUAAUAUACAGGGUGCUA